AUGGGCAAGGUCGAGUCUUCUCCGGACGCCUACAAAUUCUCCGAGCAUUACCUACCAUGGCACGCUCACAUAACGGCGCUCACUGUUGCCCCAGAAGCUAGAAGAUCUGGCAUUGCAAAGAUCCUGACUGAUCAGCUGGAAGUCGCAGCUGAUGCUGAGAACGCCUGGUUUGUGGACUUGUUCGUUCGAAGCAGCAACCACAGAGCCAUUGCCCUCUACAAGAAUCUGGGUUACAGCGUCUUCCGCGUGGUGAAGGACUACUACGGUGACCACGCAACUGACCCUUCCAGGGCGAGCGAAGACGCAUUCGACAUGCGCAAGCCCAUGAAGCGAGACAAGGAUCAUCAGCACAUUCGAGAUGAUGGAGAAAAUCAUAUGGUUGAUCCCGAGGAUGUUUGGUAA